AAAACGGGUUUUCCCCACACAAAAAGGCCCUCGUCGUUUUGGGCAACCUCGUCGUUCCGAAAGCAAAAAGGCCUCUAACUCGACAGCCUCCUCUCACGCCGUCACGCACGCCGCCCGGCACCGUUCCUCGAGCUCGAGCUCCGCCUUCUCCGGCAAAAAAACCAUCGCGUCACGGUCGCAGGCGCGCGCGCCAGCAAACCCCGAACCGCCCGUAGGUCGUUCGCCGCGCGGGCGCCCGCGGCGUGGCGUGAGGCGGGAAGCUGGGAGGGGAAUGGCGGGCGCGGCGAGGAAGAAGCUGGUGGGGCGGUACGAGGUGGGGCGGACCAUCGGGCAAGGGGCGUUCGCCAAGGUCAAGUUCGCGGUCGACUCCGACACGGGCGCCGCCGUCGCCAUGAAGGUGCUCGACAAGGCCACCAUCCUCAACCACCGCAUGAUGCACCAGAUCAAAAGGGAAAUAUCAAUAAUGAAGAUUGUAAGACACCCCAAUAUAGUUAGGCUAAACGAGGUUUUAGCUGGACAGACAAAGAUAUACAUAAUCUUGGAGCUUAUCACUGGGGGCGAGCUAUUUGAUAAAAUAGCCCGCCAAGGUAAGCUCCGGGAAAAUGAAUCCAGGAAGUACUUCCAGCAGCUUAUUGAUGCCAUUGAUUAUUGCCAUAGCAAAGGAGUCUAUCAUAGAGAUCUGAAGCCUGAAAACCUUCUUCUUGAUUCACAUGGGAACUUAAAAGUUACUGAUUUCGGACUAAGCACACUAUCCCAAAACGGUUUUCUUCACACAACAUGCGGCACGCCGAAUUAUGUUGCUCCUGAGGUCCUUAGCAAAGAUGGCUAUGAUGGAUCUGCAGCAGAUGUUUGGUCAUGUGGUGUUAUUCUUUAUGUGUUAAUGGCUGGGUACCUCCCCUUUGAGGAAAAUGAUCUUCCGACCUUGUAUGACAAGAUAACUGCAGCUCACUUUUCAUGCCCAGAUUGGUUCUCCUCAGGAGCCAAGUCACUGAUCCAGAGAAUACUUGAUCCAAAUCCAAAAACUCGUAUGACUGUUGAGGGAAUAAGGGCGGAUGCAUGGUUUAAGAACAAUUAUGUAGCCCAUAAACGAGGUGAAGAUGAAAACGUCUGUCUGGAUGACGUGCAAGCUGUUUUUGAUAAUAUUGAGGACAAAUAUGUAUCUGAGCAGGUGACUCAUAAUGAUGGUGGCCCUCUUAUAAUGAAUGCCUUCGAGAUGAUUACACUAUCUCAAGGUUUGGAUCUUUCAUCACUAUUUGAUAGACAACAGAUAUGCCAGGAUGCAGUGAUGAACACCUCCAUGAAGAAGGGUCUUCUGAAAUCCAGUCUUGCUUGUGCUAUUCUGGGGACCAGCCCAGUGGAAUUAUCCCAUCUUAUGCCCAUUCUGUCCCAGCAUCAGGUGCUAAGGGGGGAGCUAAAGAACAGCUGAUCCCUUGUUUCCUGUUGCCUGCCCUGACACAGGAUACAGGAAGUACUACCAUUCCUUUUGCACUGCCUUUCUCUCCAUCAUGUUUGUAGUAUUUAGACAAUCAUGAAACGAAAGCCAGACGAAACCCUUCAAUUUAGGCACACAUCUCUUCCAGAUCCAUGCAAAGAGUUUGGAUCUAUGCUGACCACUGAAGUAAUGCUCCGAUUAAAGCCUAGAGGAGUAGGAGCCAUUGGCCCAAACAUUUAACUGUUGGUCCCAUGUUUCAUGCUAAUUCCCAUAGUCCUAGUGUUACACCUUUUUAUUUGUCUGCCAUAUAUUCACUGUUCUAGUGACAAUUAUUUCAAGUAGCAAAAAUAAGCUGCACCUUUUCAAAAGUGAUUGAUGUUCUCACAUUUUGUUCCAUACCCAUCAAAUUGUGUCAAUACAUGUGUUAAUCUUGUCUUGGUUUAAUAUUUUUGGAGAAAUAUAUUUUUGCUCUUGUCAUUUUUGUUUGGAUAUGUCUUUUAUCUUUCUUUGAUGUUCGCUGUAUGCAAUUAUGCAUAACUGUAGUGCUCAUGGAUAACUCAUAACUGACGCACUUCCUCUAUUUCAAAUACUUGUCCUUUUACAAUAUGUUUUGGUCAAACUUCUUUAACUUUGACUAUCAAUUCUGGUAGAACUAUCAGCACUAACAACAUCAAAUUGAUGCCAAAUAUAUCACAAAAUACACUUCCAUAAUGUAUAAUUACUUUAAAGUAACAUUUUUUCAAUAAAAAUAUGAUGGUCAAAAUAUAUCAUUUGAGACCAUUUUAUCUGAUCCCUCUUUGAAACAGAGGGAGUAGUAUUCUGUCUGACCCCUCUUUCUAUCUCUCGGUGCAUGAACUAUUCAUCAAUUCAUGUGUCUGU